AAACAAGGAAAUAAUCAGUUGAAUGAUUCAUCAUCUACCAUGAAAGAUAACUCAUCAAUAAACGUGAUUAUACCCACCAAACGUGCAAGUAUUACUAAUGAUAUAUUCCCGCCGACUCCAUCUUCAUCAAAAUCAACAUUACAAUUUGCAUCUCUUGGUACAAUUCCAAAUUUGAUUCCAUCCGAUGCGAUACUUGAUAGCAUAGAUAGGAAACGCGAAAGUUUGUUACGAGAAGCAACAACUCCCACGCGUCAAUUAAAUAUACAACAGGAUUCUAUAUUUUUAGAUAAUACAGACGCGUCAUCUAUAAAUUCGAUCAAAACGGAUCAAGAAACAGAUCUAAUGCAGAUCAUAACAGAACCAAUUGAUGAAACGGCUAUUCCAGCGAUAUAUCCAUCUAGUUCAAGACAAGAAGAUGAAAAAUAUGAAAAAUUACAAGAAUUUCGAGAAAUAUAUUCUUUAAAGCCAAAAAAUAUUAAUGUUAAUAAAAGAAAACGAUGCGAAAGUCAUUAUAGUGCAGAUGGAUUAUUCAAAACUUCUGGAAUUCAUCCGAUUUAUCGACAUUCGUCGCCUAUUGAAACGGAUAAAUUAAAGAAAAUUAUGCUUUAUUUGAAAAGAUAUCAUAUGAUAGCUAUUCGUGGGGCCAAGGAACGUUCCCGAACCAUAAGGUCUCAACUAAAUUCCAAUAUCAAUCGAUAUGAUAUUCUCUUACGAAUUGAUCCAAUAAUUUUAUCGGAAUUUGAUCCGACCCUUGGAUAUCGUCUGCUUAAUGACUUUGUUUCGACAUAUUUAAACGAGGACUUUACUGAGGCUUGUCUUUUUACUCUACAAUCAACAUUUGGACCUGAUGAAAUUCUUAUGGCUGAGCAAGUUCGAAGUAAAAUUCGCUUGGAAUACCUUCCAGACAUACCAGAGUAUCGAAUGGAUAAAUAUUCAACAGCAUUUUAUAAAACGCGACACAGUAAGGACCCAUUUUUUGCUACCAUAAGAGGAAUUAUUGAAUGUGUAUGGAUCCCAACAUUUGUGAUCUUCAGCCAUACUUUUUGUUGUUAUAACUCUGAAUGCCGCAAUAAGAGUUAUCUUCACGUAGUUCCUAAUGCUCGAACAAAUCGCGUAAUUAAGCGUACCGAAGACAAGGAAUAUUUAAAUACAAGUACUAGUGCCACGUUACAUGACAUUGAUUUAUAUUGUAGUCAUUGUGAACAAGAAAUGAAAGAAAUGACUGCUGAUAGAGUCUAUACAAUUCGCCAACGUAUUCGUUUGUCAUGUGUGAAUGAAAACGAAAACGAUGGAUCAUUCACAAAUUCCAUACUUGCUUUUGUCGAAGACGAGUUAGUGAAUAAUAUUGAAAUUGGUCAAAUUAUUGAUGUCAUUGGACUUUUUGGAAGACAUUUUCCCACGUUAAAUGAUGGAAUAUAUUGCACUAAUUCUUGGUAUGAUAAUGGAUUACACAUCGAGAAUAAAAUAAGAAUUUCCGAGAGAUCUUUUGAUGAAAAUCAUUCAUGCGUUUUGCCAGAUGUCAUAGUCAGUCUUCAAAAGGCCAAUUUAUCAGCAUGGGCAUUCACACAACGACUUAUAGACGUAUUUUGUGACGACAUCGCGCCACGACCUACGUGUAGAAAAAUUAAGUUAUUCUUGUUAUUAAGUCUAAUGGCUCUUUCUGAGCAAAAUUCAAAAAAACAAGGAAAUUCACCCAGCGUCCACUUUAUGAUUUUGAGCAAUGGAUUUAAUCCUAUCGUUCCACGAAUAAUGAGACGAGCAUCAGAAUUAAAAAGACAUGAGGAAUGGACUCAUGGUUUAGAUAAAGAGAAGCAAUCUCUUUUUGUUUUACAAGAUGAACAACAUACGGGAAAAGAAUCAGAUGGUAUUCUUUUGGUUAAUUUGGAUACUUUGGAUAGGCAUGGCACCGAGUCAUUAAAAUUAGUUAUGAGUAAAAGCUCAAAAUUAUCGGUACAAAAUCUUCGAGUUCAUUUGGAUACUUGUUGUUGGGGAUGGUCUGUAGCCAAACCGACUUUCGGCAAUCAAACAGGAUCUUCAGAAAACGAAGGAAUUGAUAGGAUAUGUAAUGAUGCUAUUAAAUCAAUAAUUGACACCUUUCAUCUUGUUAUUUACCUUAAUGAGUCAAUCGAUUCGGAGGAAAACAUAUUUCUAGUGGAUCAUUUGCUUGAACAAGAAGCUAUAUAUUUGGAAGAAAAGGAACAUAAAAAAAAAUUAACCGUGCUGGCCUUUGAAGAAUUCAAGCAGUUCAUUGCAGUAGCUAGUAGCAUUGAAGUCAGAUAUUUUUUAAUGUGUCGUAAACUCGAAGGUGCAAGUCAAGGGUUCACUUCUUCAACAGCUUUCUUUGAGUCAUUAUUAAAAAUAGCGAGAUGUCAUGCAAAGUUGUGUCUUCGAUAUGUUGGAAGCGUAGAUGAUGCGUUAGUCAGUAUUUUAGCGAUUGAGGAAACGUUAGUAGCAAAAUAUGGGUCAUCAGCUUCAGUACUUGGAUUUGCUCCAUUAUCAGACGAUCAAGAGAAUAUACAUAAAUUGUAUACAAUUGAUCAUAGAAGUGUGGAUCAGGAGAUGAUGAAUAAUGAUGUUGCUAAUGAAGUUAAUUGGGAUUGA